AUGGUAUUUGGAGAAAAGAUCGCCCAGAGCAGCCACAGCAGCGACAGCAGCGACAGCAGCGACAGCAGCGACAGCAGCAACGCUCUACUCUGCAUGCAGGAGCUGCUCAAGUUUGGCGCCAAACUAGACAGCCAGGACUCGAGAAGCGGCCAGACGGCGCUGUCAUGGGCGCUGAGAAAAGGGCGGCGAAGGAGCGCGCAGUUUUUGAUCAGCCGCGGCGCGGAUGUGAACACGGCGGACCUGUGCGGUAUGACGCCACUCAUUAUUGCCGCUGGGAAGUCGGACAGUGUUGGGAUUCUCCGGUGUCUGCUCAACGCCGGCGCAGAUAUUGAUGCGCGCGCCAGGGGAUGGAGAUGGCGGUUCACCUCUAGAGACAUGACGGCUCUAGUGGAAGCCUCUUGUGCCGGGGUCGUGGAAAACGUACAAUUUUUGCUGCGCAACGGCGCCGAGAUAGUCGGUAGCGAGAUCCACCACGCCGUGUAUCGAGGACAUCUUCAAGUUCUGAAAACACUCGUCUUCCAAGGCCGCGCUAUGGCGAAAGUGGUGACGUUUUUCGUAUGCCCCAAGCUCUUCGCCGUCACGUUAACCCCUCUGGUCGCCGCCUGCUGGAGUGACAAUCAGGAAAUGUGCCAGUUUCUGCUACAUCAACGACUUUUAGUCCCUGACGAGGCGUCCAGGUUGAGGGAAAGGUUGAAGCACCGGUCAGUCGAGUCGCUGUCUCCGGCUAUCCAAGAGCUGAUUCGUGAAUUCACGUCCACUCCGCCAUCUCUCCUGUCUCUGGCGGCCACCAUCGUGUCUUCCACACUAGACCAGUCAAGGUCAGACUGCGAGGGGAACAUGGAAUCUCUACAACUUCCGUAUCUCUUGCGAAACUUUGAGUCCUCACCUACACAACUUACAGAACUGGCUCAGAACAUCUAA